UGAACACUAUUUUUUCAUGAAUAGAAGCACACAAUUUAACCAGAAAGAGAUUUGGGCGAAGCAUUACUCGUCCAAUCAUCGGAUUCUGCUGGUUGGAGAAGGCGAUUUCUCGUUUGCUCUCAGUUUGGCUGAUUCCUUUCAAUCAGGUUUCAAAAUCGUAGCUUCUUCUAUCGAUUCUUAUGAUGAUGUGAUUCAGAAAUACAAGAGUGCGGAAACAAACUUGAAUCGAUUGGGUAAUUUGGGAGCUCGGCUCUUAUUCGGGGUUGAUGCAUGCACGAUGGAGUUUCAUAGGGAUCUUUAUCUGCGAAAGUUUGAUCGCAUUGUGUUCAAUUUCCCGCAUGCUGGUUUUUUAGGAAAAGAAAGCGAUGACGGAGUUAUCUUGAGCCAUAGAUAUCUGGUUUUCAGUUUCUUCAAGAAUGCAAGUCAAAUGUUGCGACCAAACGGCGAAGUCCACGUAUCCCACAAGACUAAAUUCCCGUUCGACUGUUGGAAUAUCGUAGAACUCGCCUCCCAAAGUCGUUUGACAUUGCUCGAAUGUGUCGAAUUCAAGCUCGAAGAUUAUCCGGGAUACAUCAACAAAAGAGGAGACGGUUUGAGAUCCGACGAGCCCUUUCCAUUAGGAGAAUGUUGUACUUUCAAAUUCAUAUCGUCGUCAACCGCCACCAUGUUAAACUUUUGGAAGAGCUUCGGAGUUUGAGUAAACGGAGGAUCGAGUUCUUGCAAAAAUGGUUAUGGGAACUCGAUCUCCGGGGUGGUUUGUAGAAAAAAGGGUUUGCUGCUUCUUGUGUUGGCAUCUUGGGGCGUUGGCUUGUCUUGUAAAACCGUGAGUUCAGGUAUGUAUAAAACGAAUAAUAUCUGGUACGGUGGAUCUGUGAUGUUACAACUAUGUAAAAAGUAACUUAUGGCUUUUGUGG